CGGCGCGGCUUCCCCGAAGUUGGCGGCGGGCCCCGCUUGAUAAGCUUGUCCCCUAAACGCCUCUUCCGGGGCCAGCCGCGGAACGGAACGCGUCCGGGGCCGAAAGAGUUGGCCUCGGAGGGGCCUGCAGAAGCGCGCGUUCGCUCGGUCUUCAUUCGGAGCAUAGUUUGCUGAAGUGUUUGAAAGCUUACUGCAAAAAACCGAGUGGCGAACGAUAUGGAAAAUCAACACACUCAGUUAGUGAACUUAGUGUAAUAACUAAGUAAACACGCAAGCGUCCGGAUGUUUUCAGCGGAAGUCUUUUUUUAAAACUUUUUACUGCUUGAGGAGGUGAAAAAUUGGUGUUUGUGGAGAAAAUGGAGAUGGGCAGUAGAGUGUCACGCAUCAAAACGUUUUGGUUCCAGAGUUAGGCUAGCAGUUUGUGACAGAAGGUUGGAAGGGAGGAAUGAUGUUUUAAAAGCCUCGAAACUUGAAAUUGGAUUGAAAUUAGAAGGCGGCGGGAACUGAAAUGCUUCAGAGCCAGCCAGCCUUCGUGCGGUGUGCGGUGUGCGGUUGUGCGGUGUGCGCGUUGGCGGGGGAAGCCAUCCUGUGGCAGCCUAGCGGGGCUGCGCCUGCCUGGGAGCCUUUCCUGUUGCACACGUCUGUCGUGCCGUAAGAGAAAGACUCGUUUUGAAGGUUCCUCAAAGGCCCUCGCCAAUGGAAGUAACUAGAUUGUAAGACUCUGAAUGCACAUCCUUGCACUUGCAGCAUUUGACGUCUGGCCGGGCACCUGGAGGGCACUGAGCUAGUGCCCGCUGAGUGCAUUCUUGACCCCUGAGCCUUAAGAAGAAUGUGAUGCAUAGAAAUUCAUCUGAUCCGUAGGUGGAAACCACCUGUAACUCUGGAAGGCACAUCUCUGAUUUAGUACAUUUGGGAGUCUUUGAAAACAUGGGCCUCUGUAUCAGUAUUGCGAUUACAAGGAAAUUCUUACCUUAUUCCGUCGUGUAUUGGGAACAAUAUUGCUGUUACUGCCUCUCUCUAGAAAAAGGCUCUCUGCCCAGAUGCUCACUUUAUAUGGAUGAUAAUGAAGAUAAUUCAAAUGAUGGGACCCAGCCAUCCAAAAGGAGGCGAAUGGGCUCAGGAGAUAGUUCUAGGAGUUGUGAAACUUCAAGUCAAGAUCUUGGCUUUAGUUACUAUCCAGCAGAAAAUUUGAUAGAGUACAAAUGGCCACCGGAUGAAACAGGAGAAUACUAUAUGCUUCAAGAACAAGUCAGUGAAUAUUUGGGUGUGACCUCCUUUAAAAGGAAAUAUCCAGAGCGACGAGAUUUGUCUCACAAGGAGAAACUCUACCUGAGAGAACUAAAUGUCAUUACUGAAACUCAGUGCACUCUAGGUUUAACAGCAUUGCGCAGUGAUGAAGUGAUUGAUUUAAUGAUAAAAGAGUAUCCAGCCAAACAUGCUGAGUAUUCUGUUAUUCUACAAGAAAAAGAACGUCAACGAAUUACAGACCAUUAUAAAGAGUAUUCUCAAAUGCAACAACAGAAUACUCAGAAAGUUGAAGCCAGUAAAGUGCCUGAGUAUAUUAAGAAAGCUGCCAAAAAGGCAGCUGAAUUUAAUAGCAACUUAAACCGGGAACGCAUGGAAGAAAGAAGAGCUUAUUUUGACUUGCAGACACAUGUUAUCCAGGUGCCUCAAGGGAAGUACAAAGUUUUGCCAACAGAGCGAACAAAGGUCAGUUCUUACCCAGUGGCUCUCAUCCCCGGACAGUUCCAGGAAUAUUAUAAAAGGUACUCACCAGAUGAGCUGCGGUAUCUGCCAUUAAACACAGCCCUAUAUGAGCCCCCGCUGGAUCCUGAGCUCCCUGCUCUAGACAGUGACGGUGAUUCAGAUGAUGGCGAAGAUGGUCGAGGUGACGAGAAACGGAAAAACAAAGGCACUUCGGACAGCUCCUCUGGCAAUGUAUCUGAAGGAGAAAGCCCUCCUGACAGCCAGGAGGAUUCUUUCCAGGGAAGACAGAAAUCAAAAGACAAAGCUGCCACUCCAAGAAAAGAUGGUCCCAAACGUUCUGUACUGUCCAAGUCAGUUCCUGGGUACAAGCCAAAGGUCAUUCCAAAUGCUAUAUGUGGAAUUUGUCUGAAGGGUAAGGAGUCCAACAAGAAAGGAAAGCCUGAAUCACUUAUACACUGCUCCCAAUGUGAGAAUAGUGGCCAUCCUUCUUGCCUGGAUAUGACAGUGGAGCUUGUUUCUAUGAUUAAGACCUACCCAUGGCAGUGUAUGGAAUGUAAAACAUGCAUUAUAUGUGGACAACCCCACCAUGAAGACGAAAUGAUGUUCUGUGAUGUGUGUGACAGAGGUUAUCAUACUUUUUGUGUGGGACUUGGUGCUAUUCCAUCAGGUCGCUGGAUUUGUGACUGUUGUCAGCGGGCCCCCCCAACACCCAGGAAAGUGGGCAGAAGGGGGAAAAACAGCAAAGAGGGAUAAAGUAGUUUUUGACUCUAAUACUGUAUAUGCAUUUAAGUGGAAUAUUUGGUGCCAAUUUAUUUACAUUUUCAUUUUUAUGCCAAUAAAAGAUUUUUUUUCUGCAAAUUA